UUUGCUUGCCCCUCAGCGCGGGCCGGGCCCGUUGUGGGUGGGUUGCUGGUCCAGAGCGCCCUGCCCGAGGUGAGGCUGCCGCGGUCCUGUCGCUUUGCAGGUGGGCACGGACAGCCGGCAGGCAGGUGUAAGGGCGUCGGUCGAGUCGUGGAAAGACCUCGCCGAGCCGAGGGACUCGGCGGGUCUCCAGCUGGCUGCCUUAGCUUCUGGCCAAGGGCGCUGAUGAUGCUGCGACACCUGGGAGGAGGGAUAGUGGAGGAGGCAGCGGUCCCAGCCAGACGGACCACCCAGCAACGGGAAGACCGGUGGGAGGGACAAGCCGCUGCGGGCAACGCGGCUUUGGGAGGCAUGGAUGUGAAGGACGAUGGCCUUUAGGUUUUGCCAAGAGCUGGUCCUCGCCGCCUGUUUCGUGUCCUCUCACACCCGCAACCCUGGGAGGCCUGUCGCGGUGAGGUCCAGAGCCUUUUCCAGGCUGGCCCUCUAAGGCUGAGGCGGUGCUAUGCGCCCAUCCUUGGUGUCGUGGUGCAUGGCUGGAGCUGCCAGCUUGCACCGUGCUUGGGGCAGUUCUCAGUUUGGAUAGCAGCACGGGACAGGUCACACGCUGGCUCUCACGGCUUCAGUACACCCCAGAAGGCCACUUCAGGAGCAAGGUCUGUCGUCUUCCUCUUGACCGUCUGUCCACUGCCCCAGCUGAAUGGGGCCGAGUUUGUCUGUUUUCUUUUCCCGAGUGUAAGUUGGAGAGGCCUCAGGCCGGGGCUGCCUCCUGCCUGCUACGGAUUCCAAGGUGGUUCACGGGCCAGAUGGCUGCCAAGUCCUGCUCGGGGGCUCCGGGAGAGAUGCCUCUGACCUUCCAGGAUGUGGCUGUGUACUUCUCCAGGGCAGAAGGGCAGCAGCUGGGCCCCCAGGAGCGGGCGCUCUACCGGGAUGUGAUGUUGGAGAACUAUGGGAACAUGGCCUCACUGGGAUUUCCAGUCCCUAAGCCAGAGCUGAUCUCCCAGCUGGAGCAAGAGGAGGAGCUGUGGGUCCUGGAUCUUCUGGGGCCUGAAGAAGCAGAAGUCUUAAGAAGUUGCCAGACAGAUUCUGAGAUUGAGACUGAGAAGGAGCUAUCCAUUUUAAACCAGAAAUGUUCUGAAGAAGUAAAAACACCAGAAUUAGUAUCACAGAAAUUCCCAAGGGCUAAUUCACACACACCUGAAUCCCAGGAAGCUUGCAACCAUAAAGGUCAGGAAGAAGAGAACCAAGGAAGUUCUCCUCGGAGUCUGAAGAGAGCUGCUAGAGAAGACUCUCCAGUGUGUAGGAAAGAACUUCCAGAAAAUGCCCAGACAUCUGCUUUUGAUAGACACUUGAGUCCAGGCCCAAGUGUUGUUACAAUUCAAAGAAGUAAAACAGGACAGAGAGUCUUUACAUGUGAUAUAUGCAAUAAAACAUUUAAAUAUAACUCAGACCUGAGUCGGCAUCGCAGAAGUCACACCGGGGAGAAGCCUUACGAAUGUGGCCCGUGUGGGCGGUCCUUUACCCACAGCUCCAAUCUCAUUCUGCACCAGCGAAUUCACACUGGGAACAAACCAUUCAAGUGUGACGACUGUGGGAAAACUUUUGGGCUCAAUUCCUAUCUCCGCCUGCACCAGAGAAUUCACACUGGAGAAAAGCCUUUCGGGUGUAACGAAUGUGGGAAGGCCUUCAGCAGAAGUUCCAGUCUUAUUCAGCAUCGUAUAAUCCACACCGGAGAGAAACCUUACAAGUGCAGUGACUGUGGGAAGGCCUUCAGCCAGAGUCCCCAGCUGACUCAGCACCAGAGGAUUCACACGGGAGAGAAGCCCCACGGCUGCAGCUGGUGUGGAAAGGCGUUCAGUCGAAAUGCAAGCCUCAUUCAGCACCAGAGGAUUCACACGGGAGAGAAGCCCCACAAGUGCGCCCAGUGUGGGAAAGCCUUCAGCCAGAGCUCCAGCCUCUUCCUUCACCACAGGGUUCACACCGGGGAGAAGCCCUACGUGUGCGGUGAGUGCGGGAGAGCCUUUGGCUUCAAUUCUCAUCUCACUGAGCACGUGCGGAUUCACACUGGGGAGAAGCCCUAUGUCUGCAGCGAGUGCGGCAAAGCCUUCAGCCGCAGUUCCACUCUGAUGCAGCACCGCAGAGUGCAUACCGGGGAGAAGCCCUAUCGGUGCACCGAGUGCGGGAAGGCCUUCAUCCAGAGCUCCCAGCUCACCCUCCACCAGCGUGUUCACACUGGAGAGAAGCCUUAUGAAUGUGGACUCUGCGGGAAGGCUUUCAGCCGGAGAUCAGCCCUCACUCAACAUCAGCGGACUCACAUGGGAGAGAGUCCACUGGAGUUUGAGUGUGACCAGGAUUUUGUUUAUGACUCCAGCCAUCUGUCCAUGGGAGAGAGACACGGCAGGGCCUUCAGCCACAGUGCAAAACUUGUUCUCCAGUGGACAAUUCGGAGUGAUGAAAAACCCCGGGGAUGCACUGAAUGUGGGAAAGCUCUCAGCGCUUCCUCAGUGGAAUAUCAGAAAAUUCAAGCUGCCGAGAAACCCUAUAAAUGCCAGGAAUGUGGUAAAGCUGGCAGCGGCGUGUCCCAUACUCAACAUCAUGUAACUGGGGUUGGAGAGAAACCACAAUUGAAUGACGGAUCUGAAAGAUACUUAAUUCAUAUCAAAAAGAUUUUUCAAGAAAGACAUUUUUAAUGUGAUGAAUGUGGGAAACAGUUUAGAAAGUUUGUUUUAUAUUAGGUAGGAAGGCAUAAUGAAAAUUAAACUCUCAUUAGCAGACUUGCCUCUUA